AUGAAUUUCGGCGAUUGGACCUGGUAUUUACUCCUUAUCAAGUGCUCUUGCAAUACACCAGGAUCAGAUAAAAUCCGGUCAGACUUGGACACCCAUGUGGAAGGGUUGCGGUAUCCCACCUCCGUCGGACAUCUACUGCAUCUACUGCGUGCAAAGACCAUCGCCGUGGUGUGGACUCGGAAUAAAUCCCUGAGGGGCGUUGAGACUUGA